AUGGCGGAAUUCGAUUUAACUGAAAAGAUGUCCCAGUUUUUGGAUCUUCAUCUAGUUAUCCCAUUACUAGAAUUUAUUGAGCCGCGAAAUAUUUAUGAUCGAAAAUCUUUGAUAGAAUUUCAUCGAAAAGUAUUGUUGAAAACCAAUAUGAUUGAUAGUAUUAUAGAAACUUAUCCAUCUGGUAAAGUUCCGAAAGAAUUAGAAUUGAAGAAAGCUGAAAUUCUUAGUCAGAGAGAAAAAUUGAAAACGAAAGUCGAUCCAGUCGUUGAAAUUUUGGAAUCAGAGCCUGUUAAAGCAAUGAUGGAUGCAAGAGAUGGAAAUAGCCGUUUACUUGAUUAUGUUACGACCAAUCAUGGUUUUACUGAAGAAAUGCUCGAUUCAUUAUUUCGUUAUGCCAAAUUUCAAUAUGAAUGUGGCAAUUAUUCAGCUGCUUCUCUUUGCCUUUAUUAUUAUCGCAAUCUCGUUCCACAACAAAAUCCCAAUUAUUUAAAUGUUUUGUAUGGGAAGCUAGCAUCCGAAAUUCUUUUGCAGGAGUGGACACAUGCAAAAGAUGAUUUGGCUCGACUUCGCGCAUACAUUGAUUUCAAUCCAUUUGAUACGGAAAUAGAAUCAGUUCAACAACGAGCUUGGUUAAUGCAUUGGGCUUUAUUUGUUUAUUUCAAUUAUCCUAAAGGAAGGGAUGAAAUCGUUGAAAUGUGUUUAAAUCAGCAGUCGUAUUUAAAUACUAUUCAGAUUGCUUGUCCUCAUCUUCUUCGCUAUUUGGCAGUAGCAGUUGUCACUAGUAAAGCGAAACAGAAAAAUAGUUUAAAAGAUUUAAUCAGAGUUAUUGAUAUUGAACAUCACAACUAUGAAGAUCCAGUUACAGAUUUCCUAACUUGUCUUUAUAUAAAGUUUGAUUUCGAUGAAGCACAAAAAAAGCUUCGCCAAUGUGAGGAUGUAUUAUCAAAUGAUUUCUUUUUGACUGCUUGUCUCGAUGAUUUUCGAGAAAGUGCUCGUCUUCUUAUUUUUGAAAUGUUUUGCCGUAUUCAUGAAUGUAUCUCGAUACAAAUGCUUGCUGAACGUCUUAAUAUGAAACAAGUCGAGGCUGAGCGUUGGAUUGUUGACCUUAUUCGAAAUUACCGUAUAGAAGGAGCUAAAAUUGAUUCAAAAUUAGGGCAGGUAGUAAUGGGUGCAAAAUCGACGUCGGUUCAUGAACAAGUUAUGGAAGCUACGAAAAGGUUAACAUUCAGAUCACAACAGAUGGCACUUCAAUUAGAGAAGCUGAAACUUGAUCGCAAAGUUAGAGUUCUGCAUUAA